GGGAGAAUGGCAGCUGAGUACUCUUCGGUGACAGAAUUCACCCUCACAGGCUUAACAGACCAGCCAGGACUCCAGAUCCCCCUCUUCUUCCUGUGUCUAGGUUUCUACAUGGUCACCGUAGUGGGGAACCUGGGCUUGAUAACGCUGAUUGGGUUGAACUCUCGCCUGCACACCCCCAUGUACUUCUUCCUCUUCAACCUCUCCUUCAUAGACUUCUGUUACUCCACUACCAUCACUCCCAAAAUGCUGAUGAGUUUUGUCUCAAAGAAGAACACCAUCUUGCAUGCAGGGUGUUUGACUCAACUGUGUUUCUUCUGCUUCUUUGUCAUCUCUGAGUCCUUCGUCCUAUCAGCGAUGGCGUAUGACCGCUAUGUUGCCAUCUGUAAGCCACUGGUGUACACAGUCACCAUGUCUCCUAAGGUCUGCUUACUCCUUUUGUUGGGUGUGUAUGUGAUGGGGUUUUCAGGGGCCAUGGCCCACACAGGAAGCAUAGCAAGCCUGAUCUUCUGUGCUGACAACCUCAUCAAUCAUUUCAUGUGUGAUAUCCCUCCUAUCCUUGAGCUAGCUUGCAAUAGGUCUUAUGUGCAUGAGCUGGUGGUCUUCAUAUGUGUGGCUAUUGACAUUGGAAUGCCCAUUGUCACCAUCUCCAUCUCUUAUGCUCUAAUCCUCUCCAGCAUUCUCCGCAUUCACUCCACUGAGGGCAGGUCCAAAGCUUUCAGUACAUGCAGCUCCCACAUAAUUGUGGUUUUCCUUUUCUUUGGUUCUGGGGCUUUUGUGUAUCUCAAACCACCUUCUGUUUUGCCCCUUGACCAAGGGAAAGUGUCCUCCCUGUUCUACACCAUUGUGGUGCCCAUGUUAAACCCACUGAUCUACAGUUUGAGGAACAAGGAUGUCAAAGUUGCCCUGAGGAAAAUCUUGGGGAAAAUUAAUUUCUUGAGAAAGGAGUAAUAUUUGAAGAAAAAGAUGCAAUGCUUUGUUUAUCAGUGUUUUCAAUGAUGAAUGCAAAUUCCAGUUUUUUUCCCUUUUAUAUAUAGAGAGAACUUUAAGUCCUUACAUUUAGAUCAAUGUUUAGUACAGACCUAUUUUCCAUGUCC